AUGACAAUGAUGACCUUAUAUCCAUUUCCACCAAAUCGAGAUGAUGAAACAACAAUCGACAACAACGACACAUGUUCAUUAGAAUCAUCAUCAUCAUCAUCAUCAUCAUCGGAUUCAUUUGUUGAUUCGGAUCAAGAAGAGGAGAUUAAUGAUGAUUAUUAUGUUGAUGGUGAAAAUCCUAAUUCCACAUCUUUUGGUGCUGCUGCUGCUGGUGGUGGUGGUGGUGUUGGUGGUGGCGAUCCAUUGAUAAUAACAUCGGCGAAUACAACGACAAUCAACAACAACAACAACAACAAAAAUAGAAGCAGUAACAAUAGCAAUGUAAAAACUGGCAAUAGUAAACGAUUUCGUACACAAAUGACAACCACAAUGGUAAAAGUGAUGAAAUCAAUAUUUGCUGAUUAUAAAACACCAACAAUGUUGGAAUGUCAAACAUUGGGUCGAGAGCUUGGCCUUUCUAAACGUGUUGUACAGGUUUGGUUUCAAAAUGCACGUGCUAAAUAUAAAAAAUCUCGUUCAUCAGCUGCAGCAAUGAUGGGCCAUCAUCCUUAUCAUCAACAAUUCGAUCAAUCAUUGUCAUCAUCAUCAAAUCAAUGUAAUAUUUGUAAUGUAAAAUAUAAUCAUAAACAACAAUCGAUGCAGGAACAUCUUUUCUCAAAAUCACAUCUAGAUCGUCUUAAGAAUCAGAUUGAUAGCAAUAAUAAGGUUCAUAUGAACAAAAACAACAACAACAACAACAAAACAAUGAUAAUGAUAACGACGACGACGAUGAUGAUGAUGAUGACAAUUCAACAGAUUUCCCUAUUGCAUCAUCGUAUCAGCAGAAUCAAAAUCAAUCAUUUGAUUUGAACAAACAACAACAACAACAGCAACAAGAAACGGUAGCUGCACAAAGAUUUUUACAACAACUACAAAUGAUACAGAAUCUGGCUUCUGGAAUGCAGAAUAAUAAUAAUAAUAAUAAUGGUGAUGGCGUUGAUAGUGGUCAAUUUGGUAAUAAUCUAGCCGAAUUGAUACAACAAUCACAAACAAAUGGUGGUGAAAAUGAAUAAAUGAAUGAAUGAAUGGUGAAAACCACACGAAAAAUAAAAAA